GCCUCGACAUGGCCAUGGCAAUUCGAGUUCCAUUCGAACACGAAGCCAUCUAUCUAGCUUGCAAACACACAUGGGGGCGCCUCUGAAGCUGACCUGGGCCUCGCUCGGCUCGCUGUUCGCCACCGCCGUUCUGGUGCGCACGGCGGCGCGCGACUUCCUCCCGCCGGAGGCGCACGGCCUGCUCCGCGCGCUGCUGUCGCGCGCCGCCGCCGCCCUCGUGACGCCGUGCGACGCCAUCAUCGUCCACGAGACCGACGCCAACGGCGUGCCCAACGAGCUGUACGAGGCGGCGCAGCUCUACCUCGGCGCGCGCUGCCUCGCCACGGCGCCCGCGAUGCACCUCCACAAGGCGCACGGCGCGGCGGCCGCCGUGGCGUCGCUGCCGGGCUCCCACGCCACGCGCGACGCCUUCCGCGGCGUCCGCGUGCUGUGGACGUCGCAGCUCGACGGGAACGCGAGCUCGUCGUUCGGGGGAAGCUUCUCCUCCUCCUCCUCCCGCCGGUGGGCGCCGCCCCCGAUCGACGGCUGGCAACGGUGCCUGCGGCUCGAGUUCCGGCGACGCGACCGCGACGUCGUGCGCGACGCGUACAUCCCCUUCGUUCUCGAGGAGGCGGCGGCGCUGCGGGCAAAGUUGCGGGAGAGGAAGCUCUACACCAACAACGGCGGUGGUGGCGGCUGUUACUACGGCGACGGCGGCGCCAUGGACGAUCACCAGAUGCUCUGGAAGGCGCACAAGUUCUCGCACCCGUCCACGUUCGACUCGCUCGCCAUCGACCCGGCGCUGCGCGACGACAUCCGAGCGGACCUGCUCCGGUUCGUGCGCAGCCGCGAGCACUACGCGCGCGCCGGCCGCGCGUGGAAGCGCGGGUACCUGCUCCAUGGCCCGCCCGGCACCGGCAAGACCAGCCUCGUCGCCGCCAUCGCCAACCUCCUCGAGUUCGACAUCUACGACCUGGAGCUCACCACAGUGACCUCCAACUACGACCUCCGGAGGCUGCUGGCCUCGACGCGGCCCAAGUCGGUCAUCGUCGUCGAGGACGUCGACUGCUCCCUCGGACUGUUCGACCGGACGCGCGCGCCGGCGCCGCCGUCGUCCCAAGACGACGCCGACGCCGACGCCGACGAGCAGCGCAACCGUGCGAUGCUGCAACACGCGCUAACCCUUCUGCCGCCGGCGGUCGAGGCGGCCAUGCGGCGGGAGACGAUCAGCCUCUCCGGCGUGCUCAACUUCGUCGACGGCCUCUGGUCGUCGUGCGUCGGCGAGAGGCUGGUGGUGUUCACCACCAACCACACGGACAGGCUCGACCCGGCGCUGCUCCGGCCCGGCCGCAUGGACCGCAAGGUCGAGCUCGGCUACUGCAAGGCCCCGGCGCUGCGUGUGCUGGCCAAGAACUACCUCGGCGACGACGACGACGCCGACGACCACGACGAGAUCAUGGGUGAGGCGGGGAGGCUGCUCGAUGAGGUGCAGGUGACGCCGGCGGACGUCGCCGAGGUGUUCAUGGGAUGCGACGGCGACGACGGAGCCCACGUCGCGCUGCAGAAGCUCGUGGACGAGCUCAACGCUAGGAAAGGAAAAAUGAAUGGGCCUAAAUGACUUUAUGGGCUUCAUAAGCUUUAAGCCCAACUCGUUCUGUUUCAGUAUGCAUUUUCCUAUUGUUUUCGUAUUAUUGAAUACUACUUAAAAGUCAACGGCGUCAUACAUUAAAAUAUGAAGGUACUAUUUAGCAAGAAA